AUGCCGCAAAGAACACUUUUAAUUACUGAUUUCUUUGCUAAAUGUCGUUCGACAUCUGCUUCACAUGCUACUCUCUUCGAAAAACCUAUGAAAGUAAUUAAAAUCAACGAACAAUCAAACACAAAACAAGAACUAAUCAAUGUAGAUUUCGAUCAAUGUACACCGAAUAUUUCUCUUGAAGAAAAUAUAACAUCAUCAAUAUCAACAACAAAAAAUCAUGAUACGAUCGAGCCAAGCGAAAUUAUUUCGAAUAAUAAUUAUCCAUUACAAGAAACUUCUUCAACAAAAUCAUCAAUAUCUACUCGAAUUAAAUUUGUUCGUCAUCAUAGUGCUCCACUUCAUCAUCGUAGUCCAAUUAAAAUACGUGAAAAUGCCAUAGCACAACAAGAUCUUGAAGAUAUACGUACACGUAUUCGUGCAUUUAGAAAUGAUUUGUAUAAAUAUAAAUCAACAUAUUCUCGUUCACCUAUUAAACGUUCUAAUAUCAUCGGAGAUGUUUCAUCAAGUCCAUUUAAACAUCCUACACCAGUAAAAAGUUAUCCAUCUGUUCCAGCUUAUGAACGUUUUAGCUCACUUACAACUACUAUAGAAUUACCAUUACCAAAUAAAUAUGAAUUAUUACUUGAACAAUAUAAACAUCUUGAUUUUCUUGUUUGUCAUACGCACAAUAAUGGUGGCAUAAGUACAUUUGAAAAAGUUCAACAUGUUAUACAACAAAAAACAAAACGAAAUUUUACUUUACAAACACUUGGUCGUAUUAAAACAAUUUAUCCAACAAUGUUUAGUUUUCAACAAGAAAAAAUUCAAUUACCAACAUUAAGUCCAAUUAAACUUAAAUAUGAAUUAACAAUUACGCCAAUUGAUUUUGGUAUUGAAUCAAAUAUGCAAAUAACUCCAUCAAUUAUUAUUGAACGUAUUGAUUGUUUUCGUCGUGCUCUAUUUGAUCUUGUCAAAAGACAUCAUCGAACAUUUUUAUCAAAUAAACUUCAAUUAAAACUUGAAGAACUUCCUAAUGAUGAAAAUCUUGCUCGUUGGCAUCCAGAUUUUGAUCUAUUAAAUAUUCCUGAUAUUGAUAUAUCAACAUUACCUGAAUCACCAGAUAAAGACUAUAAACAAUUAUUAGCAUCACCAAUUGAAAUUUGUCAUUAUGCUGAAAAAACACAAUCACAACGUGUUAAACGUGCAUUAUUUUCAACAUUUUCAAAUGAUGAUGAUGUAUCAUCAACAAUAACAUUAUCAUCACCAACUAAAGAAAUAUAUUCAAUCGAUGGAAUAUCACCAUCAUUAAUUGAAAAAAUUCGUUCAAAAGAAACAAAUAAAUUAUUAUCAAAUACAAUUGAUCAACAAAAACAAAUGCUUUCUUAUCUUGAACAAACAAUUAAUAUUGUUCAACAAUUUUUUAUUGCUGAACGUGCAAUAUCACUUCAAUUAGAUUAUGUUGCUAAACAAAUUCGUGAUUGUCAUUCAGGUCACUUUUCUUAUAAUCAAUCAACGGAAAUUCUUCGUUUCCUUCAUACAUAUCCGGCAAAUAAUGGAUGGCUUUCAAUAAUUACUAUUCGAGGAAGACAUUUUAUUAAAAUUAAUCGACAUAAAUCAAUUAAUACAAUAAUUGAAAGUAUUCAACGAGAAUUACAAAACUAA